AUGGCACCGGCAAUUAUUCACUAUUAUCGCAAGAAUGAGGCUCCUCGGUCGCUGCUUCCUUUAGCACACGAGGAGCUUACAACGAGGGGUUUUCCCAAAGAUUCCAAGUUGGUUGUCUCUGUUGAGACGGAAAACUGUUUCAAUGUGGGCGUCUCCAAGGAACUCAGUGACAUUGAGCGAGAGAGGUUGGAAUGGCUAUUGGCAGAAACAUUUGAACCAGAAAAGCUUCAGCUCGAAAAAAGUACCUUUACUGCCAGCGACAAAAAGUGUUGGCAAGUUGAAUUCGGUCCCCGUUUGUGCUUCACAUCAGCUUUUUCUUCCAACGCCACCAGUAUCUGCGAGGCUUGCAGUAUUCCCGUCCAUCGUCUCGAAAUGUCCAGGCGCUAUCGCUUCUAUUUGGAGGGUGACAUAGAUUCAAAAGCCAUUGAUGUAUUGAGGAGCCUGCUUCAUGAUCGCAUGACGGAGGAAGAAUACACGAAGCCAUUGCAUUCAUUUGAAUCAGGAAACAAACCAGAACCGGUCAAGACUGUGCCCAUUAUGGAGCAAGGCAGAAAAGCUCUCGAGGAAAUCAAUGCCGAGAAAGGCCUCGGUUUUGACGAUUUCGAUUUGGAUUAUUACACAAACUUAUUCAAGGAAAAGUUAGGCCGUGACCCUACAGAUGUUGAAUGCUUUGACAUGGGACAAUCAAACUCGGAGCAUUCUCGUCACUGGUUCUUUGGUGGAAAAAUGGUUAUCAACGGCGAAGAAAAAGAAAAGACGCUGUUUCAAUUGGUGAAGGAAACAAUGCCAAAGGAUAAACCCAACAACUCUAUCAUUGCUUUCCAUGACAACUCCUCAGCCAUCCGCGGGUAUGAGUGCGAAGCACUGAUCCCUGCUUCCGUUAGCACAGCUGGACAAGUGCAAGUUGGGAAGCAGUUGUUACACCCAAUCCUCACAGCUGAGACUCACAACUUUCCUUCCGGCGUAGCCCCCUUCCCAGGAGCUGAAACGGGAACGGGGGGUAGGCUCAGGGAUGUCAUGGCGACAGGCCGAGGAGCCUAUUGCGUGGCAGGAAUCUCGUCCUAUUGUGUUGGAAACCUUCAGAUUCCAGGAUACGAGUUGCCGUGGGAAGACAAGACCUUCACAUAUCCAUCCAACCUGGCAUCUCCUUUGAAUAUUGAGAUCCACGCUAGCGACGGCGCAUCUGACUAUGGCAACAAAUUCGGUGAACCUGUAAUUCAUGGUUUUACGCGGUCUUUUGGUCAGCGCCUACCCAGCGGCGAAAGGUUUGAAUGGGUGAAACCUAUCAUGUUCUCAGCCGGCGUUGGACAGCUUGAUGGACGACAUACCGAAAAAGGGUCACCCGAAAAAGGAAUGUUGGUGGUCAAAGUAGGAGGCCCUGCCUAUCGCAUUGGAAUUGGUGGUGGCGCAGCUUCUUCCAGGGUCCAGAGCGCAGAGAAUGCCGACCUGGACUUUGAUGCCGUGCAGCGAGGAGAUGCAGAGAUGGAGAAUCGGAUGAACCGUCUCAUGAGAGCGUGCUGUGAUCUGGGCGCCCAAAACCCUAUAGUUUCUGUUCAUGACCAAGGAGCAGGAGGAAAUGGCAACGUAUUGAAAGAAAUCGUUGAACCUGCCGGCGCUUCUUACGAUAUCAGAAAGGUUUACCUUGGAGACGACACGCUGUCGGUUUUGGAAAUCUGGGGAGCCGAGUACCAGGAGAACAAUGCAUUGCUGAUCCGACCUGAAAGUGAAAAGAUAUUCGAGGAUAUUGCCAAUCGUGAAAACUGCCCGUUCAGAAUCCUUGGAGAAGUCGGCGAUAACGGAAGAGUGACAGUGCAUGAUUCGAGCAAUGGCACGACCCCUGUGGACCUCCCAUUGGAGCUGGUGCUGGGAAAGAUGCCACAAAAGACAUUUGUCGACAAUUCUGUGGAGCAAAAGCUCGUACCCAUCACCAUACCCGAGGGUGUUGAUAUGAAAGCAGCCGUAGAUCGAGUGUUGAGGUUGCUGUCGGUAGGGUCCAAGCGAUUUUUGGUGCACAAAGUUGAUAGAUCCGUCACGGGCCUCUGUGCGCAGCAGCAAUGUGUCGGCCCUUUGCAGCUCCCUCUCUCCAAUGUUGGUGUCACGGCACACUCUCACUUCAGUCUUACCGGUACUGCUGUGGCAUGUGGCGAGCAGCCAAUUAAGGGUCUCAUCAAUUCGGCAGCUAUGGCUCGAAUGACAGCAGCCGAGGCGAUGACGAACCUGAUGUGGGCAAAGAUUUCGAGUAUCGAUGAUAUUAAGUGUAGCGGGAACUGGAUGUACGCAGCCAAGCUACCAGGGGAAGGAUCAAAAAUGUAUGAAGCUUGCGGAGCACUUCGCGACGCUUUGCUUGAGCUUGGCGUUGGCAUUGACGGAGGGAAAGAUUCUUUGUCCAUGGCAGCUCGAUGCGGCGAGGAAGUUGUCAAGGCUCCUGGAGAGCUCACACUGACUUGCUACGCGACCUGCCCAGACAUCACAAAAACGGUGACCCCCGAUCUCAAAUGUCCAGCCGACGGAUCAAAACUGUUGUUUGUGGACCUCGGCGAUGGCAAAGCCUGUCUCGGAGGCUCUUCCUUCGCGCAAGUGGUGAAUCAGAUUGGAGACGCGAGCCCCGACAUGGGAGACUUCAAUAUGCUCAAGAAGGCCUUUGAAGUCACACAAAGCCUCAUUGACCAGCGUGCUCUCCUUGCAGGCCACGAUCGCUCCGAUGGAGGAAUUGCCGUCACCUUGAUGGAAAUGGCGUUUUCAGGAAACUGCUCGAUCGAUGUGAAAUUGCCAAACGCGCAUGGGCACAGUGACUUUGAGGUGCUUUUUAGCGAGGAAACGGGCUUUGUUGUUGAAGUUACUAAUGGUGACACUGCCAAGGUAAUGGACGCAUAUUCUUCGGCAGGAGUGCCAGUUGUGGAAAUCGGCACGGUUAGCAAAGGUGACUCGAUCAAACUUGCCGUCGGAGAUGCAGCGCCCUGCGUAGACGAGAAAAUGACCUACCUCCGCGACGUUUGGGAAGCAACGAGUUUCCAACUGGAAAAGCGACAACGAAAUCCGGAAUGCGUCGUGCAAGAAGAGGAAAAUCUCAAAAAUCGGCAAGAACCCAAGUGGGGACUGACCUUCACUCCUGCCCCUACCGAUUCUGCGAUCAUGACAGCGUCAUCCAAGCCAAAGGUUGCAGUGCUGAGGCAAGAAGGUAGCAAUGGUGACCGGGAGAUGUUGUCCGCUUUCAUUUCUGCUGGUUUUGAAGCCUGGGACGUUACUGUUAGUGAUCUGCUCAAAGGAAACACAUCGCUCGAUCAAUUCCGUGGAAUUGCAUUUGUCGGAGGAUUUUCUUACGCUGAUGUGCUCGAUAGUGGCAAAGGAUGGGCCGGUGUUAUCAAGUUUAACGAAAAAGUAUUUGAGCAAUUCCAGGCCUUCCGAAAGCGUGAAGAUACCUUCAGCCUGGGUGUUUGCAAUGGAUGUCAACUGAUGGCUUUGCUCGGUUGGAUUCCUUCCAACGAUGGCCUUCCCGCAGAGAAGCAGCCGCGGCUGCUGCACAAUCACAGUGGAAAGUUUGAAAGCCGUUUUCUGAGCGUGCAAGUGCAAAAAAGCCCGGCUGUCAUGUUCAAGGGAAUGGAGGGCUCAUCUUUGGGAGUUUGGAUCGCUCACGGCGAGGGUCGUUUCCACUUUCCCGACACAUCUGUCCGUGACCAUGUCUUGAGCUCUGAUCUUGCACCGCUACGCUAUGUCAACGACAACAACACAAUCACCGAGGAGUAUCCUUUCAACCCCAAUGGCAGUCCCGAGGGUAUGGCUGCUUUAUGCUCAGAAGAUGGAAGGCAUCUUGCGCUUAUGCCACACCCAGAGCGAGUCUUCACACUAUGGCAAUGGCCUUGGACGCCGGAGAGCUGGAAAGAUCUUGAAGCAAGUCCAUGGCUUCAAAUAUUUCAGAACGCGAGGAGUUUCUGCGAUAGUACGAUGUAG